UGUUGUCGGUGCUGUGACUUUGUUGACUUUUUUCAUAUGCAUUCAAGCUGAUUUUUAUCCAUGUAUUUAUAGUCAACAUUGAAUCCAAAUCAAGAAACAACAACGAUGGGAAAUAUUGGAUUGACAAAAGAUCAUUUAAGUUUGGAAAAAUAUACAUUUCCAUAUCUACGAAAAGAUAAUUAUCCAUCAGAUCGUAUAGAAUCACCAUAUGAUCCAUUAGAAGGAUUUCCUAAUGGCCGUAAAACUCGAGUUAUGAUUGCUACCGAAGAGGAAAUGAAUUCGGCCAAAGUACAUCCAAAAUUUCGUGAUUAUUGUGCUCAUAAAUAUAUUGAAUUUCAAGCUUGUUUGAAAAAUAAUCGACCAUUUUAUUGGCGAUGUAAACAUGAACGUCAUGAAUAUGGUGAAUGUGAAUUUGAAGAUGCUGUAUUACGGAUGAAAGAAUGGGAACGUGAACGUCGUCUUCGAGAACGAGAAAAACAACAGGAAAGAAAUCUCUAAAUCGAAUUAGUCCCACUUUUUUUGUGAUGAUCAAAACAUAUGAAAAUUUAUUUGAAUUGAUUGUCUCAUUUAAAUGUAUUUAAUAUAUCUGUUUGUGUAGUUUUACAGAUAUACUUGUAAACAAAUUAAAUUUCUAAUUGAAAUAAAAUUGAAUUGAAUCAA